CACGAACAGAAGCAGGAAAAGUAUGGCAAAAGAAGUGAAGCUCUUGGGGUUUUGGGCUAGCCCAUAUGUGUAUAGAGUAGAAUGGGCACUGAAGCUAAAGGGUGUUGAUUAUGAUUACUUAGAAGAAGAUAUCUUUAACAAGAGCACGAGGCUCAUGGAGCUGAACCCAGUCCACAAGAAGGUUCCUGUGCUUGUUCAUGAGAAGAAAGUAACCCCUGAGUUGUAUGUUAUUCUCGAGUAUAUCGAUGAGACUUGGGAACAAAAUCCACUGCUGCCUAGAGAUCUUCAUGAAAGAGCCAUGGCACGUUUCUCGGCCAAAUAUGGAGAUGAAAAGCUUUUGAGAGCUUCAUGGAAGGCAAUGUGGUCGAAAGGAGAGGAAAAAGCGAAGGCAAUUGAAGAAUCAAUAGAAGCCUUGGAAAAGAUUGAGGGAGAGCUCAAAGAAAAUAACUACUUUGAAGGAGAGGGGAUCGGGUAUCUGGAUCUUGCAUUUGGGUGGAUCGCUUACUGGCUACCCGUUUGGGAAAAAGUUGGGUCAAUGCAGCUUAUGGAGGAAGAGAAAUUUCCAGCCAUUACAUGUUGGAUCAGCAAGUUUCUCAGCCACCCAGUGAUUAAAGACAAAUUACCACGGAAGGACGAGAUGGUCGUUUACUUUGAGGAGCGCAGGGAAGCCAUUUAUAACCGCUGUUACCCAAAGCAAAAGGAGUAUUAAUUAAUGUUUUCAGUCAAUGAAAUGGAUUAUAUAAAGCUCGAAAUGCAAUAAAAUUUCCGUUUGGAAAUUGGAACUUGUAUUAUUAUUGGAAGAAAGGG